UACAGUACAAUAUAAUGUCUACUGAUAAUCUUGAUGAAAAGUCUUCCUUGAACUCGCUCGAAACGCUGUCGGGGCAUCAACAUCAUAGCUUGUUCAACCAACCGUUGAACGAGAAGAACAACAGUACAGAUAAACAAUCGCUGCUAUCUAGUACUACUACUAGCACUACUGCUGCUCCAUGUUAUUCCAAGUACAAAGAGGACAAAAGGUACGUGAUUUCCAAAGCCAAAGCAAAGAAGACGAAGAAAUUAGAAGAAGAUGAAGACGACCAGGUCUCCUAUAGAGGGGUCCGAAAGCGGCCCUGGGGAAAAUUCGCUGCGGAGAUAAGAGACACGACGAGAAAUGGCGCAAGAGUAUGGCUGGGAACCUUUGCCACCGCGGCUGAGGCGGCGUUGGCUUAUGACCAAGCUGCAUUCACAAUGCGCGGGUCGCUGGCAGUCCUCAAUUUUCCGGCGGACAAGGUUGGCCAGUCGCUGAAGGAUAUCGAGUACGGAUUUGAUCCCCGAGGUUGCUCUCCGGUCUUAGCUCUGAAAAGAAGGUACUCCAUGGUCAGAAGUAAAGGCCCUGCAGACUCCGAAAAGAAAGUGCAGAAAGAGAUCAACAGUAACAUGAAAGAGAAGGAUAGUAGUGAUAAUAAUAACACCAUAUCAAUGGAAAAUCAUGUGGUGGUGCUUGAAGAUUUGGGUCCAGAAUACUUGGAAGAGCUUCUAAGUAUCUGUGACACGAUCGAGAGUACUAGUACUAAUAGUAGCACUAGCACUAGUACUAGUUGGGCAACAGCUUAA